CACGGAGACAGGGAGAAACGUUUUGUAUGGCGUGGACAAGUUCACAGCAAAGCUAUUGGUUGUUAACACACUAACGUUAAUAUUUGUUUGGAGCAUUCAUACCGUAACACAAAGUCAUAAAGAAGAAUACAGGACUGAUUUACUCUUACUGUUUACGACAUACUUGGAUUUGGAGUAGUCGUGGUGCUUUAUUCCAUGAGUGUUCCCUGUCCAGGCUGAGAAUGAUAUGAGCCCUGUACAGAACAAGGCAAGCCCCUUCUUACCGUUCCACGAGUACUCUGCUGUGGGACUGUUGAACUGCCGGGAUACGUACUGUGAUGCUGAAAUGAAAUGAGGCUCAGAAAUGGAACUGUGGCCACAGCGUUAAUCUUCAUAACCUCUUUUAUGAGCCUGUCCUGGUAUACAACCUGGCAAAAUGGAAAAGAAAAGCUAAUCGCCUAUCAGCGAGAGUUCCAUGCCUUAAAACAGCGCCUCCGUGCGGCCGAACAUCGCACCCUGCAGCGCUCGUCUGAGCUCAAUACCAUCCUGGAGCAGUUUAGACGGGCCAUUGCAGAAACCAACGGGAGCAAAGAUGCACUUGGACAUUUUUCAGAUGAAACUCAGAAGCUAUUGAAGGAACUGGCACACAGAAAACCGCUGCAGGUGCCAAAUAUCUACUACCACUUGCCUCACUUAUUAAACAAUGAAGGAAGCCUUCAGCCUGCUGUCCAGGUUGGUCUCGGCAGGACAAAAGUGUCUAUAGUAAUGGGAAUACCAACAGUGAAGAGGAAAGUCAAGUCCUAUCUCGCAGAGACCCUUCAUUCGUUAAUAAACAAGCUAUCUCCUGAAGAGAAAUUGGAUUGUGUUAUUAUAGUCUUUGUAGGAGAGGCAGAUAUUGAUUAUGUCCGUAGCGUUGUGGAGAGCCUGGAAAAAGAGUUUUCUACAGAAAUCAGUUCAGGCCUUUUGGAAGUGAUAUCUCCUCCUGCUAGUUACUAUCCUGACUUGACAAACUUGAAGGAGACCUUUGGUGACACAAAGGAAAGAGUCAAGUGGCGAACAAAACAGAAUUUGGAUUACAGUUUCCUUAUGAUGUAUGCUCUAAAUAAGGGUACUUAUUAUGUCCAGCUUGAAGAUGACAUUGUUGCCAAACCAAACUACUUCAUCACCAUGAAAAACUUUGCCCUUCAGCUCUCUUCAGAAGAUUGGAUGAUUUUAGAGUUCUCACAGCUAGGAUUUAUAGGGAAGAUGUUUCAGGCUCCUGAUUUGAACUUGAUUGUGGAGUUCAUAUUCAUGUUCUAUAAGGAGAAGCCCAUUGAUUGGCUGCUUGAUCAUAUCCUCUGGGUAAAAGCCUGCAAUCCAGAGAAAGAUGCGAAACAUUGCGAGCGACAGAAGUCCAAUCUGCGAGUUCGAUUCAGGCCAUCGCUGUUCCAGCACGUCGGGCUGCAUUCCUCUCUGGCUGGGAAGAUCCAGAAGCUCACUGACAAAGAUUUUCUGAAGCCGUUACUUCACAAGAUCCAUGUGAACCCACCAGCUGAGGUUUCAACCUCCCUCAAAAUGUACCAGGGACAUACCUUGGAGAAAACCUAUUUGGGGGAGGACUUCUUUUGGGCCAUCACUCCUACUGCUGGGGACUACAUCCUCUUCAAAUUUGACAGGCCAGUCAAUAUUGAAAGAUAUCUAUUUCGUAGUGGUAACCCUGAGCAUCCAGGAGACAAAUUACAGAAUACCACUGUUGAAAUCCUGCCUUUUUCGGAAACUGGAUUGAAAACCAAAGAUAAAUAUAAACGCACAGAUGAUGGCUUUUACAGAAUAGGAAAAUUUGAAAAUGGAGUGUCAGAGUCUGCAGUUGAUCCCGUCUUCAAUCCCAUUUCUGCACUGCGGCUUUCAGUCCUGCAGGACUCUGCCGUGUGGGCGAUACUCAGCGAGAUGCACAUUAAAAAAGCUGCAAGAUAACCAGCAAUAGCAGAGAGAGAGUGUGACCCCUUCAGAACAGUUGAUGCACACAGAAUGUCAACACCGAGGACUGCAGAGCUGGUAGAAAACAUGCCUGAUACUUUCAUUUGGAUAUGUUUGGAUACGUUUCAUGCUUUUCAUUCUACCUCUUGUGAAUACUACUGUAGAAAAUCAUUUAAAACUAGGCCGUUAGACAAGAAAAUAUUCCUUGAAUGCUUCAAAACGCCCUAAAACAAAAAAAGAUCAAUGCCAAGAAAUAUGAAUGGGACCCCUACAAUCCAUUUCAAAUAAUAAUGUAGAAAAUUGAGAGUUGUACGUUUUGUCAUUUGUAGAGCAAUUGUACUUUUAUUUGUCAGUAUCUCUGUGUUGAAGCCGUCUUUCUGUCUAGGUUUAUAUUUUGUUUCUGUAAAGCCCCUAAUUUAUGUUAUGAAAAGUGGUGGUGACUUAAUUUAUUUAUAAAAUGAGACGCAUGUAAAUGUUCUCUGAUAGGAUUAUUAAUCAGUAGGUGUUGUAAACACAUCUAAAUUUGCUAUUUAGUUAUUUCUUGUUGAGGUAUUAUUCUUUAUCAAAUACCUUUUCAUUUUUGAUAGUGUUUUUUCAGUCUUUAAGAAGGCAUAUUUGAAAACGUGCCUUAAUUGUCAGGGUUCUUGAACACAUUUGUGCUUUUGUUUGUUAAAACUGCAAGAAUAUUUGAUUUCAGCACAGUAAUGCUUGUAAUUUUUCAAAUUACAUAUAUUGUACUUAACUGUCCAAGUAAGAAAAACUGCUCGUUGGACAUUGGCUGUUGCACAGAAUAUUAGUAAUGUUUUGUUUGUUUUUUUCCCCCAGUCUGUUUAAAGACCAGUCAUACAAUACUCAACACUAGGUAAUAUUUAUAAGAAUGACUAGUAAAGUGUUGUUUAUUUGUAACAUUAAUACUUUCUACACUCCUUGGCAACAAUUUGUCAUCAUGAGAUUCGGUUAUACACACUUUUUUUUCCCCCCAAAUACACAGUGUUUUAUGCCGUCCUUCUUCAAAAUGUGUUUUUAUUUUGACCAGAAUAUAAAACAAUGGAAACAGUCUUGGGGUAAAUACCUUCAAUAUCAUAGCCAGUUUACCGUAAAUCGAAAAGUGUUACGUGUUUUAUAGAAAAAGGUCUGUGAAACUCUUAACACCUGCUGUUCCAUAUUUAUAGUAAGGGUUACCAAAAAAGUGAAAUCCAUUUGAUAUUCUGGAAUCAUUUGUAAAACUAAUUUUAUAGCUAUACUUUACAUACAUUUUUUAAAUAUUUUUUUUGUUGUUUACAUUUUUACAUAGAUGACCGUUUCAUGAAGAACUUUUCACUGUCCUAUUACAUUGUGGUUUUGUAGGCAGAGGUUCUUUAUUUUAACAGUUGCUGCUACAAUCAUAAACCUUUAUGGGUCAUGUGCCUUUCAUCAUUAUGUUUCAUGUAUGUGCCACAGAUUUUAUGUGUACUAUUGAAAUAAAAUUUACCUUGAUAUAAAA